CUUAGCUUUGAUUGAUACUUUCUUCGGUUUUGAGUUACCACAAUCUUCAGCACCAAAUGUUCAGGAAAUUGGACCAGUAUUAUCAGAAGGAUAUCCCCCACUUACACCUGAACUCUCGGAUUUUAUAAAUGGACACAAACGAGUUUUAUACGUAGCUUUUGGUACACGUUUCUACACAACUAUUGAGAAUAACAACAAAAUUUUACAAUCAUUUGUUGAAGCAAUUAACAAUAAAAUAAUUGAUGGUGUGGUUUGGGCACUAGUUGAGACAUCAAAAGAUAAUUUCAGUCCAACAUUAGGCUUAACUGAUGGUACACAAGUUCAAACUUUACCAAUUUUAAAUAAUGAACAUCCACAUAUUCAUAUUACAAAGUUUGCACCGCAAUUCGCUGUACUUAAUCACACCAAUACGAAAUUAUUUUUUAGCCAUGGAGGCGCAGGAAGUACUCAUGAAUCUCUUUAUACUGGUACUCCUAUGUUAGUGUUACCUUUUGGUGGUGAUCAGAUGGGCAAUGCUCAAAAAUUAAAAAAAUCAGCGGGUAUAGCAUUAUUAUUAAAUAAACAUGCAUUGGAUGUCAAUGAUAUUUUGAGUAAGAUAGAUUUCUUAUUAAAUGAUGAGCAUAUAAAGAAAAAUUCAAAGAGAAUGAAAUAUCUAGCCAGAAUUAAUAGUAAUAGAAAAUAUAAAGCAGCCGAUUUAAUUGAAUAUAUGUUAUAUAGUAGUGGCUUAGAUGAAUAUUUAGAUGAUGACUUUUUAAAAGAAUGGAUUCCUGCUGAGUCUAGAAUGGGAUUUAUUAAAGCAAAUAAUCUUGACGUUUAUGGAGUUUUAUUAAUUAUUAUUUUUACACUUAUUGGAAUUGCAUUCAAAUUGAUUAAAUAUAUUACAAAUUCUUCGUCCGAUGGAAAAAAAUCAAAGCAAGAAUAG